GGUGACGUCACGGCGGCGGUGGCGGGCGGUGACGUCACGGCCGCGGGAUGAGUCACGGUGCCGCGAUGCGGCCCCCGGGCACGCAGGGCCCCCCCGCGCCCGCCCCGGGGACAGCGGCGACAGCGGCAGCGGGCACAGCGGCGGGCGGUGAGCGGCCCCGGCCCCCGCGAACGCACGGAACCCGGUACCCCCCCAUCGUGCCCUCCCGCGAGAUCCCCAAAGCCCCACCGAGCCCCUCAUCGUGCCCCCACAGCAUUCCUGAGAUUGCCCUCCCCCAUGGCAGUAUCCCCGUCCUCCUGUCUCGCCACCCCAAAUACGCCCCCACCCGGCACCCCGUCCCCUCCCGGAGAAGCCCGUCAUACCCCCCCGGGACCCACAAUCUACCGCUGGGACCCCCAUCAUCGCCCCUCGGGACCCCCAAUUCCCCCCUCGAGACCCUCAUCCUCCCUCCUCAGGACCCCCAAUCUCUCCCCUUCGGGACCCCCAUCGUUCCUCGACAGGACCCUGAAUUCUCCCCCUGCCGAUACCCUCAGUUCUCCCCGUCAGGUCCACCAUCAUUUCCCCUCGGGACCCCCAGUCUCUCCUCCUCGGGACACACAAUCUCCCCCCCGGGACCCCCAACCUUUUCCCCUCAAUGUACCCCCAGGACUCCCAGGUGUCUCAAGAAGGGACUCCAGACCCCGCUUGGGACACCCCCCCUCUCCCAUCCUACCCCGGUCCCUCGGCCCUCCCUCUCCCGCCCUCUCUCGGAGCCCCCCGGGUGCUGCCCCUCACUCCUGCCACGAGCCGCCCGGUCUCAGGCUGGGGAAUCGGGGUCCAGCAGUCCCGUGUUCCUCCCCGCCCCCAGUCCCCCGCCUCACCACCCCUUUCUCCCCCUUCCGCAGGCCGCCCCCCUUUCCCGCCUCCUUCUGCCGGGGCCCGGCGGAGCCCCCGAGCGCGGCCGGGCGGGACGGCGGCUCUGGGCGCGCUGCUGCGCUGCUUCCCCUGCGAGCGGCUGUGCAGGGGCUGCGCGGUGCCCCCGGGCGCUGCCCCCGGCCAUGCAGCCCCGCCCUGCCGCCGCCUGCCCCCGCGGCCCGCCUGCCCCCCCGCACCUUCCGCAGCUAUCUGCCGCGCUCCCACCGCACCUACAGCUGCGUGCACUGCCGGGCGCACCUGGCCCGCCACGAGGAGCUCAUCUCCAAGUCCUUCCAGGGCAGCCACGGCCGUGCCUACCUGUUCAACUCCGUGGUGAACGUGGGCUGUGGCCCGGCUGAGCAGCGCCUGCUGCUGACGGGGCUGCACUCGGUGGCCGACAUCUUCUGCCAGAGCUGCAAGACCACCCUGGGCUGGAAAUACGCUUUCGAGAGCAGCCAGAAGUACAAGGAGGGGAAGUUCAUCAUCGAGAUGUCGCACAUGGUGAAGGAGAACGGCUGGGACUGACGCGGGGGCAGGGCUGGGACUGGGGGGCACGUGGGGGCACGUUGGGGGGCUGGCGCUGGGUGAACCCUCCUUUGCACCUUCCCCGUGCCCCCCACGGUGCCCCUCCGGUCGCGGUGCCCGUCCCCAGCCGCGGGGGCUGUGGGGCUUUUCUAGGGCAAUAAAGGCUUUUUUUUUUUUUUUUAGGAA